AGAUCAGGUCGGUGCACUAGUAGCGCCAAAAUUAGUAAUAUUGGAAUCAGGAUAUGGACGAUUACGAUUAGGAUUAGGAUCGUGAAAAAUGUAGUGCAACACCAACAUCAACAAGUAAGAGUAUAAUUGUCAAAAAGAUGUUAAAGUUACCUCCCGGCUCCUGGUCCGUUCUCUUGCUGCAUCUAGUGGGCUUUGUGGCCCUGCACCAAGUGGAACGGAGCCUAUUUGUGCCAUUUUUGCGCAGUCAUGUUGUCUGUGAUCCCCAUGAACCACAGCUCGUAAAACAUCAAGAUGGACAUGAUCAGCGAGCAAAUCCGAAUGCAAAUGUUGCACGAGUAGAAGAUAAAACUUUCUCUUCUCCAGAAGCAGGCGUCGUGGGAGCCGGGGGCGUUCUUAAGGAGGAUGGUGGCCGCAAGGACAAAGGCAGCGACGGAGAGGUUGUAGUACAUCCCGAGAAAACCGACGCAGCUGGAAACACAUUAGAAAUCGAAGACUUCGAUGAUGAUGUUGAUGUUGAUCAUGGAGGUCGUGGUAAGAUUCUGCUGCAGUUAUCAUCUUCGACUACAGGCACAAGCGGUAGAGCAAGUGGUGGUAGUGAGAAUACUUCUGGCAGUAGUGCAACGGAAACAAAAGGAAUAGAUGCGAUUGUAAGCCAGCUGAGCGAAAAUCCAAGAUCAGAAGGAGAAGGUAAAGCUAAAGAGGAGUUUACCGGCAGUUACUACUGCAACAAAAAACACGUGGUGAUAGAGACUGCACAACAGAGAGCUGGCACAUUAGACUUCGUACGCAUCCUGGCUCACGCAGUAGCCCUUCCUGUCUUUGGUGCGGUGGGAGACUUGUACGGCCGCAAAUAUAUCACUCACGUAGCUUCACUGGUAUGAAGUAGCGUAUAAAAGUAGUGUAUAAUACUCACAUGAUCACUCAAGAAAAACAAAAGUAGGAAACUGCUUCCUACGUUGAAGAAGAACGUUUUUCUUGAGGAUGUUGUGACAUACUACUUUUUCCUGUCAUAACUCGGGUUGAUCGUCUACUUCGCAUUGCUGACAUCCGCUGCUUGGUUAUCAGUUUCGCUUCCUGGGGGCGGCGGCUCUUCACUUGAUCAAGUUUUUGGUAGUACUACUAGCACAGUAGCAGUAGCAGGCAGCUCAUCCUCAACCACAUCUUCAUUAAGGCUACCGCUCAAGCAUCCUCCGCACAGCAUCAUUAUUUUCUUUGGCCCUUUGAAUACAUAUUCGAAAACUCAAAAUAAGCGAGCUACUGACUGAAGUAAGAGAGUCUUGACGUACAUUCCUCUUCUUUCAGUAUCUCCCUUAUUUUCAACAGUUUCAGUUACUGGGUUAUGUCAGUUUUUCGAAUACUUGAAAAUAGACGGAGGACCAAGGUGAGGCACAACUCGGGGAUGCUAACGCGGUAGCGCUAACUUCAACAAACAUCACUGGUGCAAACAACGUCGAUGUUCCUCCUUCUUUCUUCCUCGUGAACGCGAUCGUUUUCGUUGCCUGUUUUCUGCACGGUUGUCUCGCGUACUUGACCCUGGCCUUUGCAGUACACAACAUCUUGAUGGACUUGUCUGGCAGCGACAUCACCAAUCAGGUGAUCCUCUCGACAUCCUUCGACAUUACAGGGAACAUCUGUAUCACCGGAUCCCAGGUUUUAGUGGGGAAAGUACUUCUGCUUCCAUUAAGGCCUACCGUAAUUCAUCUUAAGAGGCAUCUUUCUUGGUCUUUCUUGGAUACGUUGGUUUUCAAGGGUCGUAGAAAACGUUAAAGACAGAGAUUUUGACUCUCAAGAUGAAUUUGAGUAUAAAAAGUUCUAAUUCUAGGUCAGAUGCCUGAUUUUCCAAAGUUGUGGUUUGUCUGCACGUGCAUAGCUUGUUUCGUUUUCUUGUGGCAAAGAUACGGACUACCAGAAACACAUCCGACACUAAGUAAAAGAGAAGAUCUUCAUGUUCAUGGAGUAGAGCAGCACAACUCUUCUACUACCUCUACUGCUGGGACGAGCAGGAGAAAAGGGAGAAGUGCAGACCAUCAACAUCAGCAAGUAAAAGACUUUUAUCAUUCGACGAGUGGCAGCGCUAUGGGUGAUUUUGAUUAUGGAAAAAGUUAGUUUUCGUGCGGUUUCAAAUUCGCAUUCACGUAGUUGUAGUACAGUUUAUAGAUUAAUUAUUAAUAUGAAUUUUCAUCGUUAGCUGUAGCUUUCAUUCUCGUCAUUGGAAAUGACUCCAUUAAGUUGCUUCAUCCGCUCUAUCAACUCAAAUGAUACCUCUAGUGUUCCCUGCUUUCAUACAAGGGGACGCGGCGUUCCAUCUCCAGAUGGGAAAGCAUUGCUACCUGGCGCUCAGUCGAAUAUAGUAGGGAAAAAGACGAUCCUGGGACUCCUCUUUUCAAUUUAUGGAAAGAGAGUAGGUGAUGUUGACCUUGAGGUCGAAACUCCCAUUCAUUAGCUCCAAUACAUGAGUUUGAGUAGGUUAGCCAUGAUAAAAUAGACACUCUCUUAGUCUUAGUCCGGACACUUUUUCUGGUGCGUGCUUUGUCCACACGGAGUCGAAGAACUACGUGCCUCUUUCCCUCAUCUUCAUACUCCCCUAGUCCGCAACACCUUCCGUAUGAAUCCCUCGUCUCCACCUGCGUUCAUACUCCCUUAG